UUUGUCGGGAAGUAGCUGUAACUUGGCCUUGGGUUUGUGACCUCUUGGCACAUGCACAUGCACAUGGUCAGAGGAAUCCUUGAAACGCACGCAUUCAAUAAACCUGUGCUACUUAUGGAAUUGCAGGGGUCUAAACGAGCUGGGUAUGGAAGAGAGAGCUCUGUGUUCACGAAAAGAGGUAUAAGCUGACUCCUCUGAAGACUCUGAAGACUCGGAACCUAAACUUACUUUUUUUGCCAGCCCCAUUGCUUAAACUUGGAGAAAUCAUGCGUUUUCAACUUUUCCCGGAAACUUUUGCACUUUUUGGUGUCUCGUGGUGUAUCAACUUCGGCUACGAGGCCAUUCAGCUCACUGAUGGAGAUAUCGACAACUUCCCUGCUAUAGCUUUUGGCGAUACCUCCGACCCGAUAGAUUUUCCUGCCUGUAAAGCAUUUCCAGGAACUGACGAGUGGCCAUUGGAAAAUGAGUGGUCUCAACUAAACUCCUCGCUAGGAGGUGCCUUGCUGAAACCAGUACCUUUAGCAUCCGUGUGUUACGCAGGUCCGCUUUACGAUGCAAAUAAGUGUAGAACUUUACAAAAUAAUCCUGGACGCACUUAUACGAACGACCCCUUGACUGUACUUACCGAAUGGCCCGAGGGCGAUACUUGUCCUGCAACAUCAACACCCAAUGUGGGAAGCUGCACCCAAGGUGGCUUUCCUGUUUACGUGAUAAAUGCCACAACCGUAAAACAGAUUCAAAUUGGUGUGAACUUUGCAAGAAAUAAGAACAUUAGAUUGGUGAUUAAGUAAGCUUUUAUUUCCUCAAUAUAUGUUCUUACUGACGUCUAACUUAGGAACACGGGCCAUGAAUGGACUGGUAGAUCAUCCGGUGCUGGCUCGCUAAGCAUUUGGACGCAUUACCUCAAGAGCUUUGAGUAUCUCCCGCAGUACUCACAAGCUGAGUACAAAGGUAGAGCUGCCCGGGUUGGGGCAGGGCUUGAGACUUGGGAGAUGUUCAACUACAUGGCUUCAAAUAGAAUGGGUGUAGUGGUGCCAGUGAGUGUUUCCAUUCGAGCCAGUUUUACUCUGGGGCAAACACUGAUUAUGUAGGCUGGAACAACAACCAUAGGUCCCUACGGAGGAUGGAUGGCUGGGGGAGGUCAUUCUAUUUUGACUUCUUCUUAUGGCAUGGGAUCUGAUCAGCCCCUUUCUUUGCAAGUUGUUACGGCCGACGGGAGAUUCGUGACCGCGGAUCCUAGCACAAACGAGGACUUGUUUUUCGCCAUGCGUGGCGGAGGUGGAUGUAAGUUGUUUUUACACCUUUUUCUCUUCAAUUUUGUUGUCACAUUGAUUAUAGCAAAGCUAAUUAUCUGCAGCCACCUAUGGCAUUGUAACCUCGGCUAUUGUAAAGGCAUAUCCUCCGAUUACUGUAACAAGAUCUAGCCUUCAAUUCACUUCUGCCAACGUCUCUUUACAGAAGUUCUGGGAGGGUAUCAACCUUUACUUCUUUUGGGGCAAGCUUGUGACUGAGGAUGAAGGGACUGCUUUUAGCAAUGUCAUUCGCAACAGUGCAACCAGUUUCAGUUUCAACACCAACGUCGAAAUGCCAAAUAAGUCAAUUCAAGAGGUUUUCGAAUUCGUUCAGCCAUUCGUCGACUCCAUAGAGCGUCUGGGUAUUACAAUGGACAAUCCAAUACCGACCAAUCCAUCAGCAAGUUUUCAAACUGGAACUGGCCAAGGUGAUCGACCCGGAAAUCAAAGAUUCGGUUCUCGUCUUUUCCCGCGACGAAACUGGGAAGACGAAACUCUUUGGAACCAGACGAUGGAUGCCAUUAAAGAGUCUGUUGAGGCUGGCUACACCUUCCAUGGCAUUCAUUUAUCAGCCACAGAAGAGCUUGCUGGCUAUCCCGGAAACAACGCCGUGAAUCCGGGCUUCCGAAAUGGUCUCAUGCACGCAGAUAGCUUCGAUUCUUUCACUAUUCGAGGGAAGAACGAACACCAGGUCACCGAAGCCCAUGCGCGUCAAGAGAUCUACAUGGAGAAGAUUCGAGCUGUAACUCCAGAUGGUGGGGCAUAUUUAAACGAAGCAGACGUCGAAGAACCGAAUUGGCAACAAAGUUUCUUUGGAACCAAUUACCCUCGCUUACUGGAGAUAAAAAGUAAGAGAGAUCCCUGGGGUGUAUUUUGGGCUUCAACGACCCCUGGAAGUGAGAAAUGGGAGGUCAGAGAAAGUUAUCCAGUUCCGUCACAGAAUGGACCUCUUUGUCGAGUCGUUUAAGCGAGGCAGCGUAUUGAAUUAGAUAAUUGAGUUGAGGAGUUGGAUUCUAGCCAGAUAAAGUAGUAAUAAAAACUACUCUGAUUAACUCGCCAAGUACUUAAUUACUGAAGUACUGUUUGAGUAGUAGUACUGAACAAUUCGGUCCGAGUCAAUGUAGCGCGCCUGGGCACCCUAGCGACACACUGGCUAGCCGGCAAUAAUGUAGCUAAAGUAUAUAGUCUUGUCGCUGCAACUGCGCCUCCAUAUGCCGUUUACGGAACAGCGUUUUCAGCCGCCGGGGCGCAGGGAAAUGAUAGUUAUGGAACCGCUAUGUCAGUGGAUAAAGAUGGGUUUUUUACUAGAGUCGAUCAAAAAUUCGGUUACCGCCCUAGUUCCGGCAUUCAUGGAAUGGCAUUGAACAGAAAUAAUACAUUUCUGUAUUCUGCGGAUGACACAGGCAACUUUGUUUGGACGCAUUCGGUUGACCCUUCCACGGGUUUUGUUACUUUCGUGGAUGCCAGCCCAGCUCCUUCCAAUGGAUCGCAUGGAUUCUAUGAUACACAUCCUCGUCAUGUGACGGCUCAUCCUGAAGGUAAAUUCUUAUAUACCCUGUUCGAGGAAUCAGAGCAACUGGCGCAAUUCGAGAUUGACCAGGCCACUGGCAUUCCCUCGUUUCAAGGCGUCGCGUACUCUAUGGUCUUACCAGGUAUGUUGACCUACAUGCGAGAUUGAAUUGACAACUCCUCUAACUUCGCAAUAGACACCAAUACGAGUGAUCCCUCUACUGGCAGGUAUGCUGCUGGAGUUAAAUUAUCCUCCUCGAACAAAUACCUAUGUGCAUCAUUCCGUGGGCGUCAAGAAGAUCAAGCAGGAAGCUUUGCUGCAUUCUCGCUCAAUCCUGAUGGGAGUAUUAUCAAACAACUAUUUUUGGUUCCCACGCUCAGCAGUGGAGGCCUCUCGAAUAUCGUUUCGCCAAAUCCGAUCACUGAUAAGUACGUCGCUAUUACUGAUGAGUCGUUUGGGUUCGUGGACAUUUUCGCUCUCGCGGAUGAUGCGAGUAAAGUAUCCCCGGUAACGCGUUUAAGUAUUCCAGACGGUGGUUGUUGUGCAGAUGUUUUGUGGGCUUUAUGA